AGGAGGAGGAGGGAGGCAGCGGAGCGGCGCUGGCGGGGCCUGGCCGGGCCGGGUCGGCGCGUCUCCUCCCGAUCGGCCCGCAGCGGGGGCAGGCGGCGAGCCGGCCGCGGCGGCCGCAGGUGGAUGCCCGCCGCCCGGCAUGGAGCAGGCCUGCGAAGUGAGCCGCCGCAGCUGCCUCGUCCCCUUCGGCACCUCGCUGGCGGUCGCCGAGGCCAAGGGCGGCCCGUUCGGCGAGGGCCGCGGCCCCGAGCCGCCCGCCAUGCAGCUGGCGGCCGCCAAGCCCGUGUACGGCCAGGACCCGUCGUCCUGCUACAUCCCGCUGCGCCGGCUGCAGGACCUGGCCUCCAUGAUCAACGCCGAGUACCUCGGCGGCGCCGCCGACGGCGCUGAGGCCCUGCCCGACCCCGGCUCGCCGCCCCCCCGCGGCCCCGGGGACCCGCCGGGCGGCGCCGACGGACCCAGCCCGGCGGCCGACAGGGCCCCCCCGGCCUUCCCGCUGCUCCUCCGGGACGGGGAGGACGAGGAGGAGGAGGACGAGGGCGAGGAGGAGGAGGAGGAAGGCGCCGAGACGCCGGAGGAGGAGGAGGACGACGAGGAGGAGGACGACGACGACGACGAAGAGGAGGACGAAGACGAGGAGGCCGCCGCCGGUUCCCGGGAGCGGGCCGCGGCGGAGCAGAGCCACGGCCGCGCCGGGCCGCAGCGGGGCCCCGGCAGCCCGGAGCCGCCGCCCCGCCUGCAGCAAGCCGAGCUGCCGCUGCUGGACGGCGGCCCCGCCGCGCCGGCCGGCGGGGGGGACAAACCGGAGGCUUCCGCCACGGCGGCCCUGCAGCUCAUCCGAGCCAAGAAGAAACCUACUCCAGUGAAGUAUGAAGUUGGGGAUCUUGUUUGGGCCAAGUUCAACAGACGCCCAUGGUGGCCAUGCACAAUUUGUCAUGACCCAGUGCUGGACUGUCACUCAAAAAUGAAAGUUUCCAAUCGGAGACCGUACCGAGAGUACUAUGUGGAUGCCUUAGGAGAACCUUCCGAGAAAGCCUGGGUGGCUGGCAAAGCUAUUGUCCUCUUUGAAGGAAGACACCAGUUCGAAGAGCUGCCUGUUCUGCGGAGAAGAGGAAAGCAAAAAGAAAAAGGCUACAAACAUAAGGUUCCCCAGAGGUUUAUGGCUAAAUGGGAAGUCAGUGUUGGACAGGCAGAAGACAUUCUUCUCGGGGGGCCAGAGGAUCAAAAGUGCAGCCAGAACUCCAGCGAGCUGGACAGCGAGAAGGAAGUGCAGUCGGAAUACUAUGCCAAUGGCCCUGGAGCCGAAAAGGACAGGCAGCUGAAUGGCUGUUUUAAAUCCUUGGCGUUUGACUCGAGACACUCAGCCAGUGAAAAAGGAAAAUUGCACAUUAAGCCACAUGUGAAAAAGAGCUCUGACAGCAGAAAGAGGACUAGAGUAAAAAAGAAUAGCAUGAGAGGAGAAGCUUCCAAGGGAGAAAUCAAAGAAAAAAUUCCAGAGAGCAUAGUUAAAAAUAUGAUGGUUGGGGACCUACCAGAUAAACAUGCAUCUCAUGAGCUUCGCCGGAUUGCGAACAGCCUAACGGCAUCCAAUAGCACCAGGGAAAACCAUUUGCUCUCCUCCUUUGGAGAAAGACAUUUCGAAAAGAUAACUUUGAAACCAGACUAUGAGAAUCGUAAAAGCGGUGCUCUGAAGAACACACUCCAGGGGGAUUUGUUUUCCAGUGCAUCUUUGGAGAGAGAGAAAAGUUCCCUGGGCAUUCUGUGCAGUUCCAAGUUACAGAUACACUAUUCUGCGUCUGAGGCUGGCAUUGAGAAAAAGCAAACUGAGUCAGAUUCAUCCUCUUCCCUCUCAGACGGUGGGAACAGUGAUGUGGAUACCAUGGACCAAAGUUCAGAGAGAGCCUCUAGCACUCUCGAAGUCAGUGAUUCUUCAGAUAAGGUGGAGAAGGAAUUUCCUAUGACGUCAAGUGGAAACAUUAAGCUUUCUAUGUAUUUUUCUCAGAAGAGCAACAGAAGGGCCAGGAAGAAGUCGUACAGAGAUCGCAAACCUUUGGGAGGUUCCGUAACCAGCAGACUUGAUGCUGAAUUUGCACAUGGGGAGCUUGAAGGAGGCUCCUCUGAUGCUGAGAUGUCAUUGACAACUCUUGAGCGCUCUUCAGAUGUGAGAAAUGACAAUCUUUCCCUAGCAAACAAACACACUACUCCCCAAAGUGUUUCCAAGGACAACUCCUGGCCUGCUGUUGCAAAUCAAACAACCUUAAAACCGAAAAGCAUGAAGUUGCCCCGGAUCAGGAGUAUAAAAUGCAAACAUAAAGAAAAAUGUUCUGGGUUGGAGCCUUCUCUUGCAGAAGAGGAGGGUGGCAUGAAGCGCUGCUCUUCUGAUACCAAAGGUUUCUCUGGCCUUCAGAAAGAUUCUCUUCUGAGAAGUGGAAAAGUUGAUGGUCAGAAGCUGUUAAACAACAUGCACGAGAAACCCAGGGAUUCUGCUGAAAUAGAAACGGCUGUGGUGAAACACGUCUUGUCGGAGCUGAAGGAGCUCUCUUACCGGUCCAUGAAUGAUGAUGCUAGUGACUCUGGCACUCCAAAGGCCACAGUACCUUUACUUUUCUCUUCUGCCUCUGGUCACGGUCGUUUGCCUAUUGAGCCAAAUUACAGAUUCAGCACCUUGUUAAUGAUGUUGAAGGAUAUUCAUGACAGUAAGGCAAAAGAACAGCAACUGAUGACUGGUCAGAACAUAGUCCCGUAUCGAAAUACCAGCACAGCCGAUGGUUCUGGAAGCAAUUCUGCGAGUGGUCUGACAUCCUUGUCUAUUGUAGGUCCCCCAUAUAAAAUAGAAAAAAAUGGAGAUUGUGUCCAGGAAACGGUCAAUGCGAACUCCAGUAUAAGCAACUCCUCAUUUUCACGCAAUCCUCCAGCCAAGUUAACAGGGAUUGGUGCUAGUAAGAGGGAGCCUGCGAAUACUGCUGUUUCUGGGACAAAUGGCACAAAUUGCGUGUCCAAACGCAACUGUUCAAAAUCUAAGCAGUCAUCAAAGCUUGGAGAUAAGACAGUUUCAAACAGAAAGGACUUAAAACCAGGAGGGCCAAUACAUUCAGAGAGGAAACGCCUUAGAAAGCCAAGUAAACGGCUUCUGGAAUAUGCAGAAGAAUAUGAUCACUUAUUUGCACCCAAGAAAAAGUCAAAGAAAGUCCAGGAGCAAUUGCAAAAGGUGAAUUCUGUGGCGAGGUCUGAAUUUGAAGGAGGUCUUCCUGCACAGUGCAGUCCUGACAGAGAUACCCAGCGGGGGCCAAGCCCUUUGAUUUCAACUCCAUCUUCAACCAAAGAGUCCCCUCCCAUUCUUGAAGCAGAGUGCUCCUUCUCAGAACUAGGAUCCCAUUCCACUGAUCCCACCCACCAACUUCUAGAAGGACCUUCUGAUUUUCCAGAGCUUGUGCUAUCUUCCUCAGAUGUUUCUGAAGUUUCUGCUUCUCCAGAUGCGGAGGAGAGGUUCCUGAAAUCGGGAAACUUUGAGAGCAAACGUCAAAGGAAGCCCACUAAAAAGCUCUUGGAAUCCAAUGAUUUGGACACUGCCUUUAUGCCAAAGAAGGAGGAGUGGACUCCCCCAAAGAAGGGCACCGGCCCUUCGGAGAGUGACAGCUCUGAACUGUACUCACCAGCCCACUUCUCGGACCUGGGAGAAGCUCCUGAAAAGCUCUUGGAGAAGCAACGGAAGCGGAAGAGACAGCGCCAUCCCUCUGUCGCAAUGCAUUCCAAGAAGGAGAAAAACGGGGAAGGGCUGGGGGAGACCCCACAUUCUGAGGGGGAGACAUCAGGUCAUGGGACUGCUACAAGCCCUAAAGAGGGAAAUGAAGAGGGGUCUGAGAAUGACCAUGGAGUGCCUUCAUCCAAAAAGAUACAGGGGGAGCGUGGAGGAGGAGCAGCUCUCAAGGAGAAUGUGUGCCAGAUCUGUGAGAAGCCAGGGGAAUUGCUGCUGUGUGAGGCGCAGUGCUGUGGUGCUUUCCACCUGCAGUGCCUUGGGCUCUCUGAGAUGCCAACGGGCAAAUUCAUCUGCAACGAGUGUUCCACAGGAGUCCAUACCUGCUUUGUGUGCAAGAGCUGUGGGGAAGACGUGAAACGGUGUUUGCUGCCACUCUGUGGGAAGUAUUACCAUGAAGAAUGCAUACAGAAAUACCCGCCCACAGUCAUGCAGAACAAGGGUUUCCGAUGCUCUCUGCACAUAUGCAUGACUUGUCAUGCUGCUAACCCAGCAAACAUCUCUGCGUCUAAAGGCCGCUUGAUGCGCUGCGUGCGGUGCCCAGUAGCAUACCACUCCAAUGACUUCUGCCUCGCUGCUGGCUCCGUGGUCCUCGCCUCCAACAGCAUCAUCUGCCCCAACCACUUCACUGCACGGAGGGGCUGCCGCAACCAUGAGCACGUCAACGUCAGCUGGUGCUUUGUCUGCUCGGAAGGGGGCAGCCUUUUAUGCUGUGAGUCGUGCCCGGCUGCGUUUCACCGUGAGUGUCUAAACAUUGAGAUGCCAGAGGGAAGCUGGUAUUGUAACGAUUGCAAGGCAGGCAAAAAGCCACACUACAAGGAAGUAGUCUGGGUGAAAGUUGGGCGCUACAGGUGGUGGCCAGCUGAGAUUUGCCAUCCCAGGACAAUUCCUGUCAACAUCCAGAAAAUGAAACACGACAUCGGCGAGUUCCCUGUGCUGUUCUUCGGCUCCAAGGAUUACCUGUGGACCCACCAGGCUCGUGUGUUCCCGUACAUGGAAGGCGACGUCAGCAGCAAAGACAAGAUGGGGAAGGGUGUGGAUGGCAUAUACAAGAAAGCUCUUCACGAAGCUGCGGUAAGAUUUGAAGAACUGAAGGCACAGAAAGAACUGAGACAGCUUCAGGAAGACAAAAAGAAUGACAAGAAACCUCCUCCCUACAAACACAUCAAGGUGAACCGGCCGGUGGGUAAGGUGCAGAUCUUCACUGCAGACCUGUCCGAGAUACCACGGUGCAACUGUAAACCAACAGACGAAAACCCCUGCGGCCUGGACUCUGAAUGCAUCAAUCGCAUGUUGCUCUACGAGUGCCACCCCCUGGUCUGCCCCGCAGGGGAGCGUUGUCAGAACCAGUGCUUCUCUAAGCGGCAGUAUCCCGAGGUACAAAUUUUCCGCACGCUGGCACGAGGCUGGGGCUUGCAAGCCAAAACAGACAUCAGAAAGGGUGAAUUUGUUAACGAGUAUGUUGGGGAGCUAAUUGAUGAAGAGGAGUGCCGAGCCCGAAUCCGCUAUGCUCAGGAGCACGACAUCACCAAUUUCUACAUGUUGACACUGGAUAAGGACAGAAUCAUUGACGCUGGCCCAAAGGGCAAUUACGCUCGGUUCAUGAACCACUGCUGCCAGCCAAACUGUGAGACUCAGAAAUGGUGUGUGAAUGGUGAUACUCGGGUUGGGCUCUUCGCAAUUGUAAAUAUCAAAGCUGGGACUGAGCUGACUUUCAACUACAAUCUGGAAUGUUUGGGAAAUGGAAAGACAGUUUGCAAAUGUGGUGCUCCAAAUUGCAGUGGCUUCCUAGGAGUGCGGCCAAAGAGCCAGCCCACCCUCACCGAGGAGAAGUCCAAGAAGAUGAAGAGACGGCCGCAGAUGAAGCGCAGGUCGCAGGCGGAGGUGAUGAAGGAACGGGAGGACGAGUGCUUCAGCUGCGGGGACGGAGGGCAGCUGGUUUCUUGUAAGAAGCCAGGCUGCCCCAAAGUGUACCACGCCGACUGCCUCAACCUGACCAAGAGGCCCGCAGGAAAAUGGGAGUGCCCAUGGCAUCAGUGUGACAUGUGUGGUAAGGAAGCAGCUUCCUUCUGCGAGAUGUGCCCCAGAUCCUUCUGCAAGCAGCACCGGGAAGGCAUGCUCUUCAUCUCCAAGCUGGAUGGACGCUUAUGCUGCACAGAGCACGAUCCCUGUGGCCCUAACCCCCUAGAGCCAGGAGAAAUUCGUGAGUAUGUGCCUCCCAUGGGAGCACUGACUAACGGCGACGACACCCAGCCGCCAGAGCAGCCGCCUGCAGAUACAGACCUGAGCGUUCAGCCUUUGGACAGGCUACCUCAGUCUACGGCCUUCAAACUGCAGUCCCCAGAAAAGCCCCCCGCUACCCUAGCGCUGCGGCUGCCGCCGUCAGACAAACCCCCCACCACCCUAGCCCUGAGGCUGCAGCCGUCAAACAAGCCCCCCACCACCCUGGCCCUGCGGCUGCCCCCGCCAGACAAACCGCCCGCCGCCCUGGCGCUGAGACUGCCGCCGUCAAACAAACCCCCCACAACCUUGUCGCUGAGGCUGAAGCCGUCCAACAAACCCCCCACCACCCUGUCCCUCCGGCUGCAGCCCUCAGACAAACCUCCCACCACCCUGUCGCUCCGCCUGCAGCCGUCAGACAGGCCCCAGGCUGCCCUGUCCCUGAGGCUGCAGUCGGAGAAGCAGCCCAUCAUCGUAGCGCUGAAGCCUCAGCAGCCCGACAAACCUCCCGCCAACGCCGUGCUGUGGCCGCUGGACGAGGCUUCCAGCGACGCCUCGCAGCCUCCUCUGCCCAGCAAGUCUCCGGGAAGCCCGCAGUCAUCGGACGAGGCGCUCGUUCCUGCUGGGGCCCUGCAGCUCCAGCUGUCGGACGAGCCUCCUGCCGCUGCUGGGGUUUUGGAGUUAGCGGACAAGUCGCUCGGCGACACCAGGACCCAGCAGCCGGAGCUGCUGAAUGAGUUUCCGACAAAAUGCCUGCACCCUCAGCUGUCGGACAGACUUCUCGCCACGGCAGGGACCCUGCAGUCCCAGCCCGUGGAUGAGCCUCCCGUGGCCGAUCAGCCUCAGCUGCUGAGCAAAGCUGCUGCCCAGAGUCUGCAGCCUCAGCCUGUGGAGAAGGCCCCCAGCUCCGUGGUGCAACAUGUCCCAGCACCGGAGGAGGUUCCCAGCCCUGGGGUGCUGUGGCCUCUGCCCAUUGAAAACGUCCCCAGCUCCCCGGUCUCACGGAUCCUGCCCACGGAGAAGGUUUCUGGACUGGGGGGGCUGCGGCCCCCACCUCCGGAGAAGGCUUCCUUCUCCGGGGCAGCGCGGGUCUUGGCCACGGAGAAGGCUCCCGCCUCUGGGGCACCCCAUCCCCUGCCUCCAGAGAAGGUUCCUGCCUUGGGGAUGCCACGCAUCCUGCCCCCAGACAAGGCUCCCAGCUUAGGGAUACCGCGUCCGCUGCCCCUGGAGAAGGCCCAUGGCUCCCGUUCACCCCACGUCCUGCCCAUGGAGAAGGCUCUCGGCUCGGGGGCCCUGCGGAUCCCCCUCACGCAGAAGGCUCUGAGCCCCGGCGUGCUGCGGCCCCUGCCUCCAGAGAAGGCUCCCGAUGCUGGGGCGCUGCGGGUCUUGCCUCCAGAGAAGGCUCCGAGCUCCGGGGCCGUUCGGCCUCAGCUCCUGGAGAGGCCCCUGGCUCUUACGGCCCCGUGGCCUCAGGCCUCAGACAAGCUGGCUGCUGCUGUGGCUCCUCGGCCCCAAGUCUUGGAGAAGCCCCCAGCCGCAUCGGCCCCGAGGCUGUUGCUGUCAGAGAAGGCGCUGCGGCCCGUCGACCAGAACGCCCAGCCCAAGGACAGGGGAGCGCCCGCCGCGGAGCUCAACCCCCAGCAGAAGGAGAGGACCCUGUUAGCUGGCGAGCAGAUCUCGUGGUCGGUUGGGAAGGCGGUGCCGCACGUCGGACAGUUACCUUGGCCCACGGAGAAGCUCCAGACACACGAGCAAACCCACUGGCCCGCUGCGAAAGCCCUGACGCCUGCCGAGCAGUCUCCCCGGACAGCAGAGAAGCUACCAGAGCCGACUCUUCAGCCUGUCUGGGAAGUGGCCUCAGCCCCCGCGGAGCAAACCCCUUGGACAUCAGAGAGAUUGCGUGCGUUCGAGCAGACCCCCCGGCCUGCCAGGGAAGCGCCGGUGCCCCCAGAGCAGACGCAGUGGAUUGUCACAAACAUUCAGACUCUUGACCAGAUUUCUUGGCUGGCUGGAAAAGUACAUACUCCUCGGGGGCAGGACCCUUUGCCUGAACAGAACGCAGCACUAGCCCGUAACCAGGAUUCUGUCUGUCACGAAUUGGCUGACUCAGAGCCAAAGUGAGGUCGGUGAACAUGGGAGGCAGGUUUCAGUCUUUUAAUGUUUAGGGAGGGGGAUAUUCUUUGUUUUGUUUUCUUUAUUCACUUCCCUGAGCCCAGCCCCUAACCCAUGCACAUCCCAUCCAUAUUCUCUCGUGACAUGAGCAAGGACAUUCACUUCAGUCUGAGUGUGGCCCAGCCAAAGGGAGAGAGCAUCCGUGAGCUUUUCCUCUUCCUUUUGCGAAUGGUAAAGCUGAAAUAAAGAGUCCACUCUGGGUAAAAUCUCAAA